UGUCCAUCAUCUGACCGGGUAUAUAAGGGCGCUCGGCUCCUUCGUAGUCACUCUGCAGCAGGACUUGUGAGAGGAACAGAAACUACAGACAGCAAACAUGGUGGUGAAAGUUGGUAUCAACGGAUUUGGCCGCAUCGGGCGUCUGGUGACCCGUGCCGCAUUUAUAUCUGAUAAACUGUCCGUUGUUGCAAUCAAUGAUCCUUUCAUCGAUCUGUCCUACAUGGAGUAUAUGUUCAAGUAUGACUCCACUCACGGACGCUUCAAGGGAACCGUUGCUAUUGAAAAUGGAAAGCUGAUGAUCAAUGGCCACCCAAUCACCGUCUCUCAGGAACGUGACCCAGCUAACAUCAAAUGGGCUGAAGCUGGCGCUGACUACGUGGUGGAGUCUACUGGCGUCUUCACCACAGUCGAUAAGGCCUCUGCUCACUUGAAAGGAGGUGCCAAGCGUGUUAUCAUCUCUGCCCCAUCAGCAGAUGCGCCUAUGUAUGUUGUUGGUGUCAACCAUGAAACCUAUGACAAAUCCAAUAAGGUUGUCAGCAAUGCCUCCUGCACCACAAACUGCCUUGCUCCCCUUGCAAAGGUCAUCAAUGACAACUUUGGCAUUGUUGAGGCCCUGAUGACCACAGUCCAUGCCUACACCGCUACCCAGAAGACCGUGGACGGACCAUCAGGAAAGAUGUGGCGUGAUGGCAGAGGUGCCGCACAGAACAUCAUCCCAGCAUCAACUGGUGCAGCUAAGGCUGUAGGCAAAGUCAUCCCAGCCCUGAACGGAAAGUGCACUGGUAUGGCCCUCAGGGUUCCCACUGCCAACGUGUCAGUCGUUGACUUGACUGUCCGCUUGGAGAAACCAGCCAAAUAUGACGACAUUAAGGCUGCUGUGAAGAAGGCAUCUGAAGGACCAUUGAAGGGAAUCCUGGGAUACACAGAGGACGAGGUCGUUUCAUCUGACUUCAAUGGUGACACCCACUCCUCCAUCUUUGAUGCUGGCGCAGGCAUUUCACUGAACGAGCACUUUGUUAAACUGAUCUCUUGGUAUGACAAUGAAUUCGGAUACAGCCACCGUGUCGUGGACCUCAUAGUUUACAUCGCCUCCAAGGAGUAAGAAGAGUCACCAGUCAUAACCUCUCCUGUCACUGCAGGGCCCACUGUCUCACCCAGUGAUGUGUCUCCUAUCACUGAAGGGGCCCAGAGUCACCCUCUACUAGCCUGUCUGUCAGUUUCUGUGUUAAAAAAAUAAAAAGUUGUGAAACACUGAA